CCACGUGUGUGUGAAAUGGAACACCAACUCACAGCACUUGUCAUAUUCUAUUAAUAUUAGUCUAUUCCGCUCUAUCAUUCAAGAUAACACCAAGACGAAUCACAUCUCAUCAUGGCAGAUGAAGGGGCAGGCGUUUGGGGUGCAAGCAUAGACGAUGAUGGAGUAGGACAAUCACAAAAGAUUGAAAUUGGCGAAAGUAGCGAAAGGCCGGCAACUUUGGAAAGAAGAGAAUCAAAACCUGCACCCCGCUUAUUUGACGAUUUAGGCGAUGCAGGCUGGGGUUCACCGGAUGGUGAUCAGCCAUCAUUUGAUAAACCAGCGCCGAUCACACCUACAGCACCAUCACAAUCUCAUGCUGAUCCAGAAUUUGAAGAUGCUUUGACAGGAAAUGAAGGAUAUAAAAGCGAAAACGGAGAUAAGCACUUUCCUGAUGAACAACAGGAUGAUGACCCGCAUACAUUUAUCAGUGAUGACGAAGAUAAUGAUGAACCAUUUGGAUUUCAAGACAGAACACCUAAAUCAGAUCUUGCCGCAUUCGAAGAUUUCAAAGAGGGACCUGACGAAGGAGAUGAUGAUGACUUUGGAGAUUUUGGGGAAUUUGAAGAAGAAGCACAAACAGAUCAAUUUGGCUCACCCGCUCAGCCCGAAGUGCCACUUCAGCAAGAGAGCAGAAGUGCACCACAACUUGCGAGCGGAUCAAGCUGGCAGCCUCUUGCCAUCACUCCGAACAGUACAUCAGCUUCGAUAGCAAACGAUGUACGUCAGCUCUUGUCAGCUCCACUUUCGGAUGGUCGCACGUACCCUUUCCAUGACGGUGCGGCUUCUCAGCUAUCACAAGACCAGAUCAGACAGGUAGAUGGACCUUCGCAAAUCUUGGUCAGAGAGGAAAGCCGGGCGGCAUGGUCUGCUCUUUCCAAACAGCCAGAAUUGAAACCUGUCGAUUGGAUGCGUUCAAAGACAAGGCGACAAUACCUGAUCGCCGUCGGGGUGCCGAUCAACCUGGACGAGCUAAACACAACCAACACAAAUGGAUCCAAAGCGCUACCGCCAUUGGCUCUAAAGCUUGAUCGGGGAGCGAGAGGAUCAGAAGUAGAGUCGGGACCUACCAGUCAAAAUGACGGUAAAGUUGGCAGUGCUAAAUCAACACGUGAACGAGACAACAAACCUCCUGAAUUUGACACACAAAGAGCAAAAUCAAUCGUCGCAAUGACAGAAGAUCAAUUGACACUUUUGGGAUUACCUGCUCUAAGGGAAUUACAGCGAGAGACAGAGGCUUUGACAAGACAAGCGUCAACAGUUUUGACUCAUUACCUAUCUCAGCGAGAGUCACAUUCUACCGAUGCAGAAAUGUACAACGGAUUAAUCAAAGAUUUGGUCACAGGAGCGGCAAAGAGGGUUAGCACGACAAGUAGUUCAUCUGUUCAAAGACAAGUUAGCGUGCGUAAAUCAGGAAUCGGAGGAGGAAAUCUGCCCAAUAGCGGACGCAAUUCACCAGCGAUUAGCAAUGUUCAAGCUCAAUCAUAUCCAGGAGGAAGGAGUAGUAGUCCCAGAUGAUCUUGUUAUUGAUCCACCUCAUUGUAUUAUCC